AUAUGUAGCUCCUGAAUAUGCAAAUUCUGGUCUUUUAAAUGAAAAGAGUGAUGUUUAUAGCUUUGGGGUUGUGCUUUUGGAAGCAAUUACAGGAAGAGAUCCAGUGGACUAUGGUCGUCCUGCUCAAGAGGUGAAUCUUGUUGAUUGGCUGAAAAUGAUGGUUGGAAGCAGGCGCUCGGAGGAAGUAGUGGACCCUAACAUUGAAACCCGUCCAUCAACAAGAGCACUAAAACGAGCCCUUUUAACUGCUCUGAGGUGUGUUGAUCCAGAUUCUGACAAAAGACCUAAGAUGAGCCAAGUUGUCCGUAUGCUUGAAUCAGAGGAAUAUCCCAUACCAAGAGAGGUCAGUUUCUGA